UUAUGCUGCAGGCAGGGUGGAUUCCUGAGCGCAGGAAAGUGAAACUAACCCAGUAACAGAGGCCAGAGGGAGCCAUGGCCGCAGAGAACCCCGUGGAUCGUCUCCAGGGUGAAGCUAGCUGUCCUAUCUGCGGGGAGUAUUUUAAAGACCCAGUGGUUAUAGACUGUGGGCACAGUUUCUGCCAUGUCUGCAUCAGCCAGUGCUGGGAGGGUCUGGAUACAAGCUUCUCCUGUCCUCAGUGCAGAGAAACUGCUGAGCAGAGAAACCUGAGGCCGAACCGACCCUUGGCAAAUGUCCUAGAACUAGCCAAACGGCUGAGUCUACAGGUGAUGAAGGUUGCAGGAGGGGAGAGAGUGUGUGAGGAUCACCGGGAGCCUCUCAAACUGUUCUGUGAAGAGGACCAAGACCCAAUCUGCAUGGUGUGUGACAGAUCCCGGGCUCACAGAGCUCACACAGUGGUUCCCAUCGAGGAGGCAGCCCAGGAGUACAAGACUCAAUUUCUCUCCCUGGCAGCCUUUGCUGUAACUACACCAUUAUACUCUGUAAAGCCAGGAGGCUGGAUGUGGGUGACCUUUCUUUGACACUAUUUCCAUACCACUUCCCACUGGGGAAAUAAGGUAACUUUCUCCUCAAAUACACCGAUGAAAGGAUCCGAG